AUGCCUUCAACUGAUGGAGAUGGCGAUGUGACCGAGGGACUUGGUCGUGACCAAAACCUCAACAACAUCAAGAAGCAACAAUCUCCCCGUCGUGGCUCUGUUGCUACACCUGUCAAGUCUAGCAUUCUCUCCAAUUCGCAAGCUAAAAUAAACACCAAAGAUCUAUUCGCCUCGAUCGAGAUCGGUGACGAGAUAGAUGACGAGAUAGAUGACAGCUAUGAUCCCGUCACGCCAUCCAAUUCAUCAGCUAAAGCUGUUCGUGGUAAUGGAAGAAAGACCGUCGGGCCUCUAUCUCCAAGAAAAGCUGCGAGUAAUAAGCGCUCAUCUAACAAGAUCACUAAGAUCAAUCCAUCUUCAAAGAAGAUGGAGAUCAAGGAAAGCCGCGAGAUCUUGAAAAGCGUAAUAGGCGGCGAAUAUUCCGAGGAAGAUGACGAUAAAUGGGAAGACGAGAACGAUGGAGUCGAGUCCCCCAAAAACACUUGGGCCAAAGCUGGUAAGGUAAUUGGGUCUGCUGGAAAGCCAACACAUCCAUAUGGUCGUGUUGAAGGACGCAAGCUUGUACCUUGGCACAGACCAAGAAUGGCGGAGAAAUUGAUUCAAUGCAUCAAUUAUGAAUGUCGCCGUAAAGGAUUGAACAUUCCGUGGGACGAUAUCGCUCACAGAAUGGACCCUGGAAGUUCUGCUGCAGCUGUCAUGCAGUAUAUCAAUAAGAUGCGUGAAACUCUUAUCCCCGAAGGUCACCUUGUUCCUCCUCCUUUUGCAAAGAAGAACCCUGUCAAUCCAAAAGUUCGUGGAAUGAUUCGCGAUAUGAAGUCUGACGACCCAAAAGCAACUCGUGAAGUUACUUGGGAUGAAGAAAUCGAGCACCCGAAGGAGAGUUUGAGUAUUCCUGGUGUCACCAGAGGCUCAGGAACUUAUCGUCGCGAUAGGGCUCGAUGGCAAAACAACAAGGCAUCCAUCGUCGAAGAAACACCUACCAAGACUCUCUCUAGUCGACAACGUCCUCAAAAGCGAGCAUCAGAGGCAAAGACUGGACAAAAAGAGAAGUCUUUCAUGGUCAAGAAGGAGCGAUCCGAAUCAAUCGACCCGGCCGAAAUGCCAUCGGACGAGGAUUACGACCCCGGAAACCGCCUUAAGAUCAAGGGCCAUCGCAAGCGUAAGGUCAAGGUCAAGACCGAGCGUAGAUAUUAUUUGGAUGAGACCAGCGAUUUCGAGGGUGAAUCAUUUGAAUAUUCUGAGGAUGAUGACUUCAUUGCAGAGACACCCUGCAAGAAGCUUGCCGGAAAUCAUGCAAAGACACCUUUAGCCAGUUUGCCACUCAAGCUCAAGAUCUCAUCUGAUAAGCUAAAGAAAUUCGCUGCAGGCACUUCCAUGAACUUUGGUGAGGAGAAAGUUGCAGUCAAUGAGACCGAGUACAAGAGCAGAUAUAGCGGUGGUGAUGAUGAAGCAGAGACGAUUGUCGAUGCUCACGCUCGCGAUUUUGAUGAUGUUUUUGGUCAUGGAGGCUUGCAUGUCAACAAUGGUAUCGCUGGGCUUCAAAAUCAGCUUUUUUACACUCCUUACGGCUACAAUGGAGGCAUGAACCCUGGAUCCGGUACUUACAGCCCACAAGGCGCAUUGACUGCUCAAGCCUAUAAUCCAGUCUACGACCAAACUCUUAGCAAUCAUAACUUUAUGAAUGCCGAGACGAGACCGUAUCAAAAUACACAUAGUAACUACCAAUCCUCCAACCAGCAACUCUUCGGCUUUCCACAUUGCGGCUCAACACCUGUCAUGAACCAUGGCUUGAGCUUCGAAGGCCUGGGUGAGGCGAUGCAAGAUCUAAAUGGUGGUCAUGACAGCAUGAGUUCCUUGCAAUCUAGCAUCGGACUCCGCUCGGACACCAGCGGAUUCGGUAACUUUACUGACUCUGUCGGUCCCACUUAUGGCGGAUCAACAUACACCUUCAUCGAUCCCAGCGAACUUUCUAAUCAGGGUUUCAAAUCUUUCGAUGAUGGUUUUGUUCAAGCUUACAAUUCCAGCCAACCUCAAGCUUUCAACCCCAAUGGCACCAAUCUUUGA